AUGGCAUACCGGCAAGUGCUGCUCUUGGCCGUGGCCGUGGCCGUGGCCGUCGCGUGCCUCGCGCCCCUGGCCUCUGCCAAGCAGUGGGUGGUCGGGGACGAGGGCGGGUGGAGGGCCAAGUUCAACGAGACCGGCUGGGCCAACGGCAAGACGUUCUUGGUCGGCGACAGCCUGCUGUUCGUGUACCCCAAGGAGAGCCACACGGUAGUGAAGGUGGGCAAGGACGCCUUCGCGGCGUGCGACCUGGGCGCCAACCUGCAGCUCGGCAACUGGACCGGCGGCAACGACGUCGUGCAGCUGGACAAGCCCGGCAAGGCGUGGUUCAUCUGCAACAAGCCCAACCACUGCCUCAACGGCAUGAAGCUCGCCGUCGACGUCGCCGUCGCCGUCGCCCCGGCCCCGCCGCCGUCGGCGGCGCCCCUCACCGGCUACACGGUCGGCGGCGCGGUCGUGGCCGUCGCUUGCGCCGUGUUCGCGGCUGCGCUAGCGCUCUAGCUAGGCCCUGCGAGCGCGCGGGAUCGAUCGUAUCUUACGUUGAUAUCGUCAUUUUGUGUGUGGCCGGACCAUUUUUUCCCUUUCUUUUU